AUGGCUCUUCCAGGAUCAAUCCUUGCAACACUCUUGAUUAAAUGGGCAGUUUCUCUGCAUUCGCAUUCUGGAUUGAAUACUCCGCCUAUGUUUGGUGACUUUGAAGCACAACGUCACUGGAUGGAGCUGACAACUCAUUUGCCUCGUUCAGAGUGGUAUCGCUAUGACCUGGGAUACUGGGGUUUGGAUUAUCCGCCCUUGACUGCUCUCCAUUCGUGGCUUUUUGGAAACAUAGCCCAUAUGAUUGAUCCGUCGUGGGUAGCAUUAAAUAGCUCAAGAGGAAACGAAGAUCCCAACUUAAAACAAUUUAUGCGUCUUACUGCACUAAUAACCGAUAUGCUAGCCUUUCUUCCUGGAGUUGUUUUGUUUUCCAAGUUAUGGUUUUCAUCGCCCACAUCAUGGAUUGAAAAACAAACGUGGAUUUUCUUGAUGCUCCUAUGCCCAACGUUAAUUGUAAUCGAUCAUGGUCAUUUUCAAUACAAUUCUGCAAUGCUAGGGUUUGCCUUGCUGGCAUUUGCCUUGUUUUUGGAUAAGCGAUAUAUUUUUGGAAGUAUAUUUUUUUGUCUGUCGCUUAAUUUUAAACAGAUGGCUUUAUUUUAUGCGAUUCCAGUCUUUUUUUACCUACUUGGACAAUGCGUUCAAAUGGGUGCUGUUAGAGGACUAACGAUGCUCUUGAAGCUUGGACUUACUGUUGUUAUAACUUUUGCUGCGUGCAUUGCGGCUGUUACACCUUCCAUCGAUGACACUUUUCAGAUGCUUGUGCGUGUAUUCCCCGUCAAUCGUGGGUUGUAUGAAGACAAGGUUGCCAAUUUCUGGUGUGCAAUCAAUGUUGUCAUCAAACUCCGUGAAAUGUUUGAUGUUCCUGAUCUUGUCAAGCUGAGCAUGGCGUGUACAUUAUUGGCAGUCAUCCCAGCCGGUUUGUUGGUUUUCCGGUAUCCCAACAGACGCACGUUUUUGUACUCGUUGGUUGUUGGAUCGCUUGGCUUCUUUUUGUUUUCGUUUCAAGUACAUGAAAAGUCUAUUUUGCUUCCAGCUCUGCCUGUAAUGAUAUUUGUGCUUGACGAUCCAGUGGCAGCAUCCUGGUUUAUUAAUGUGGCCAUGUUUAGUAUGUUCCCGCUAUUGAAAAAAGACGGACUUGUUCUUGUUUAUAUAGCUUUGGUAUGCCUAUGGAACCUCUUGAACCCCGCCAUGUUUAAUUAUCGUACAGAUUUUGCAAAGAUUUGCACCUUUGUAAGUUUGCAUAUAAAAGUUGGAUCCGUAUCGUUGAUGGUGGGAUGGCAUAUUGUUGAAAUAACAUCGCCGCCUUCAAAACGGUAUCCCGACCUAGAUGCCGUGUUCAAUAUUCUGAUCAGCACUGCACACUUUGGCAUCUUCUUUUUAUAU